AUGUCUGAUCCGUUCCGGUGUGCACCUGGAUGUAAUCGAGGUCCAUUUUCUUCUGCUCAGGCAACCAGUCGACAUCGCGGAAGCUGUGUGACAUGGAACACUUAUGUUGCAACUCAAGCACAGAAACGUGGGUUUGAAGAAGUGGGUGGUGAGGAUGAAGAUCCUGCAAUCACCCGUCGAAGGCAACAGAAACGCAAGAAGCUCAAAAAAGCUGAAACUAUUCCUGGUAAUCGUGUCAGUAGUGCUCUUCCUUCACCAGGCAUCCGAGUCCUUCCUAACUCUUCUACUAUUGAUCCAACGGUACGUUGGACAAAGCUUGAAACAGAUCGACAGAGUCUGACUGAUAUGAUGCGAUCCUCGCCUGAUGUAUCCCCGGAACCAGUCCAUUUACCUGCACCAUCACCAGAGGAACUGACAGCAGCAGGUAGACCUAUUCGCUCAACCCGUGGGCGUCUUCCAGCACGUUACCAUGACAUACUGCCGCGGGGAACUCCUGCUGUUGUGACUUCGCAGAUAGAGGACCAAGAGCGAGUUGAGCAACAAAAUUCUAUUCCCACAACAAACUUACCUCGAGUCAUACUUAUUGUCCGUGACUGCUUGAAGACCCAGCUGAAUCGCUUUGGCUUGUGGCGCGAGUACCCGGAUCGACCCUCUUAUGACCCCGAUGGAGAGGUUGGCAUCCAGGAUUUGUCAAAUCUGCCAUGUCACGAUGAGCAGGAUGAUGACGAGGCUUCGAAGGAUUCCCAGGACUUGGAAGACUCCCCCUUGAAUCCGACUCAGACGCUCCUCAUGGGCUGGCAAAACAAUGGAAACUCAACAAAAUCCAACAUCGAAAUGGACGGACUUGCACGUAUCAUCCAGCGGCCUGAAUUCCGGGUUGAUGAACUUCGAGGGUACAAUGCACAAACCGCUAAUGAGAAGAUCACCAAAGCAGAUGAAAACUGGGAGCGCAAUCGAUUCAAGGACUCGUUUACAGAGACUUCUGUAGAAAUUGAAGUCCCAUCUGGUGACGCACAGAUUCCCCCCAAAAAGUUCACGAUUCCGCAGCUGUUAUACCGCGACCCCCUUUCAGUAAUCCGCGCAGCAUUUGCAGAUCGGCUUGCGAGUCAGUUUCAUUUCACGCCCUUCAAACUUUUUCAGCAAGUUGAAGAUGAGGAGGGGAACAGCUUCUCGCAGCGUGUUCAGACCGACCUCUACAAUUCCGACGUGUUUAUUGAGGAACUUUAG